AUGCCCAAUUGCGACACUAGGUAUUUUCCUCUUGCCCCUGCCUUGUUUGGUGAUGUCAAUACUCCUAUUGAGUCAACCCCGGUGGAAGAUGAUGUUAUCAAUGGCAGCGGGGCUGUUAUUGUGGGUGCUGCAAAUGGUAUUGUUUGUGUUUACGUGAAAGGGGAUCUUUACUUCUGGAACCCUACGAUUAGGAAGUUUAAGAAAUUGCCUCAAUUUCAUUCUUUAUUAUCGAAGCAAUGGGGACAGUGCCAAGUUUCGUUUUUAUACAGCGUGGUUGAUGACGAUUAUCAAGUGUGUCUUGUUAAUUUUGGGGAGAAAUGUAUUGCUGUGUAUAGUGGAAACGCCAACUCUUGGAGGAAGAUUCAAGGCUUUGUCGGUGAAUUCGGUCAACGGUAUUUUUUUGUGGGCGGAAAGCUAUAUUGGGCAAAAGGGACUACUAGGAGGGUAGAGAUUAGUUAUUUUGACUUGAAGACUGAAACAUUCGGAGUGCUGCAACAACCUGAUUAUGGGAAGGGCACUUUUGAUGUAACAGUUAGAGCUUUCGAUGGAGGUCUGGUUGUCAGUUGUUAUCAUCGGACGAAUCAUAUUGAUAUGUGGAUGUGGAAGGAACAGGGGUUGAGACAAUUUUGGACCAAAGUGCUUUUAGUCCCUAAGUUGAAGGAUCCUAACCGUAAGAAGUAUUGCAGGCCAAUUUUAAGGUCUAAAGAUGGGAAAAUUCUUUUUAAGUACUGGAAAAUCAUGGCUCAUUCUGAUCCAAUGAAGAAAUCUGUGGCAUACCCCCGUGUUAAAUCCAUCGGUGAACCUUGGCUAAUUGAGGUGCUUGUUGAGAGUUUGGUAUUGAUUAAUGAUCAUGAUGCAAAAGGACCAUUGAAGGAUACUGACUUGUCUGCACUUGACAUGAUUCGGCAUUAUGCUCCACAUCUGGUAUAG